GUUUUACUAAACCAAAUGGAUAGUCUCAUAAUUGGAAAAUUCCAAAUUUGUAAACCAAUUGCGAAAAAAAAAAAUAAUACGAAGACGACGCGUAGUUGGAGUCUGAAACGGCGCACUGUUUUUAACACACACAACUCACGCAAGUCACAAAAACAUUUUUCUUUUUUCUUUUUUUUUGUAACAUCGUCGUCGUCUCCGAUGCUCACCUCCGACAAGUCCCCCUUCGCCUCCUCUUGGCUAGACCGUCUCCGCAUAAGCAAAGGCCUCUCCACCACCGAAGACGAAGAUGCUUCCGGUACUCCUCUCAGCCUCGACGACUUCCUCCGCCGCAACCACCACACCGCCACAGAUUCUCCUCCAACUCCUUCGGAUCCAGACCUAACGGAUAGUCCAUCGGAUCCGAACCAGGGCGAAUGGUACGGCGUGAUGAGCGAUGUUCUCUCUGAUCUCUUCAACUUCAGCAGCUCUUCUUCUCGCUCGACGAUGAUUAUUCCCGGGAAGAAGCUACCGAGGAAACAAUCAAACCCUAAGCAUUGCUUUGUGAAGACUAUUCCUGUGAGUUUUCUCCCUAAGGUCACGGAGAAGAGGGAGAAGAGGGAGAAGAGGAGGAGAAGAGUCGUUGAGGAAGAAGAUGAUGACGUCAUGGAGGAGGAGGAAGGUGAGAAGGAUCUGGUGGGGUUUUCGAGGAGUGAAGUGACGGUGAUCGACACGAGUUUCAAGAUCUGGAAGGUGGAGAAGGUUGUGUUUCGUAGGAGGAAUGUGUGGAAAGUUAGGGAUAAGAAGGGUAAUUCGCGUGGUGUUGUCUCAUUGAAGAAGAAGAAGACGAUCAAGGUCAAGAAGAAGAAGAUGUUGAAGAAGAAGAAGAAGAGGAAAUGUGAUGGGGAUGAUGGUGAAAUUGGUCGGAAAAGUAAGAAGAUGAAGGUUUCAAGAUCAGUUUCAGACAAUAAUCCACAGUACCAAAGUGAAGAGAUUCAUGAUGAUCCAGAAAGUAGCAAUGCGAACCGAACUCUAUUGCGUAGAUUGCCAUCUAAACCAAGAAGCGUACUACACACUAGCAAGAAGAACAGCGAACCAGAGGCUCGUGGUCAUAGGUCAUUGGCUUGAUAGAGCCACUAAACUAAACCAAAUUAAGUUUCAACUUCAUGUAUAUGAUAAUUCUGCUGUAUGAUUAUUAUUAUGUAACAUUCUUGUUUAUUAAAAUGUAUUUGCUAUCAUCUGAUUUAUUUAAAGAGAAUCAAGAUCGUAC